GCCCGGACAUGCGUAUCACGCCCCGCCCGCUGGAGGCGGGACUUGCGGCGGUUUGAAAGAUCCGUGCGCUGAGCUGGGUGGCUCGGCUGCCGCUAAGAUGUCAGUGCUGAGGCCGAUGGACAAGCUGCCCGACCUAAACAGGGCUACCAUCUUGCUGGUGAGCACGGAGGAUGCGCUUCUGCAGCAGCUGGCGGAGUCGGUGCUCAAAAUCGACUGUGCGUCCGAGCUGAGGGUCCACUUGGCCAACUCCCUGCCUUUGCCCUCCAAUGCGAAUCGGCCCCGAAUUGACCUGAUUGUGUUUGUGAUUAACCUUCACAGCAAAUACAGCCUCCAGAAAGUGGAGGAGUCUCUGAACCAUGUGGACAGCAGCUUCUUCCUGGGAAAAGUGUGCUUCCUUGUCACAGGAGCUGGACGGGAAAGCCACUGCAGCGUCCACCAGAACACAGUUAUGAAACUGGCCCAUACCUACCGAAGCCCCCUGCUCUUCUGUGAUUUACAGGUGGAGAGCUUUCGAGCUGCCAUGGCACAGCGCCUGGUGCGUGUGCUGCAGGUCUGCGCUGGCCACGUGCCGGGUAUCUCAGCGCUGAACCUGCUGUCCUUGCUAAGGAGCCCCGAGAACCCCCCAUCCAAGGAGCUGUGAGCACUGCUGCCCUCCACGGCGGGUGAAGACCAGUCAGGGCCUGACAGGCCCAGAGGCAGCCUGCUCCCUGCAGGACUGAGCUCCACCAGGGAGUGCUGGGCAGGAGAGCGGAGAGACCCCACCAGCCUCCUGUCCCUCGUCUCACCCCACAGAGGCCCUGUCCCCACCUGUCUAACGUCAUGUACCCACCGAAGGUUUUGGAACAGAGCCAUGGCUUUAAAAA